CUGAAGCAGUUGCUGGCCACAAGCUAAACCAGCACAAGUGGUUUCAUAAAUACUGUUCCUAGAAUUCACCAUAUUCUAUAUUCACAACCAGAACCUGUUGAUCCAGUUGGGUUUUCUGACACCAGGGACACCAUCACUGUCCACUAUCAUUACAUCCUUCAGCACAUCUGCAAAUUGUUUCUCCUAAUGAAGACGCCAGAUUAGAAUCCGACCAAUCAGAGACGAGCCCAGGGAGGCGUUGGAACACAAGACCCAAACCCAUCUGGAAACAUUCAAACUUCAAAGAACCACGGAACCACAACAUGGACACUUUACAUCAGAGCAGCGAGUCGGGUUUUAUCCGCGUGUGUCCAGCUUCUAUCACAUCACGCUAGUUUGUAGCUUCGGUACUGCUCUCUGUUCGUGAACCCGCCCGGACCCCAGCGCCGCUCGAUGCGCCCCUGCUGCUGUAAGAAAACAUCCAUCCUCCUCUUCAUCGGCAGCAGCAGCUUCAUCCUCCUGAGGACCGGACUCCGACAGCCAUGACGCCCGCCGCCUGCACGGAACCACAAGCUCCCCUCUGAGCCGCUCCUGUCUGGUGCAGCAGUGUAGCUAUGGUUUAUGCCCAGUCACUGAACACAGCUGGUGUUAAACCCUCCAUUUAUUCUCCAUCCAUCACGCAUCAGAUGCCCUUUAACUACUCAGAGAGGGAAAACUCCACUGUCCUGGCAUCUUUACGCACCACUCCCCUCUGCAGCCUCGAGGGCUCGUCUCCCAGACGGUUAAAUGGGACUGUCGCCUCCUACGAGCUGGUUCCAGGCGAGGUCGCCAUCCUGGGCCUGGUGUUCGGCCUUCUCUGGCUGGUCUCUAUCCUGGGAAAUGCCCUGGUCUGCCUGGUGAUCCACCGGAGCCGAAGGACUCAGUCCACUACCAACUACUUUGUGAUGUCUAUGGCCUGUGCUGAUCUGCUGAUGAGCCUGGGCUGCGCACCCUUUGUCCUGCUGCAAGUGGCGUCGGGGCGGUGGCCGCUGAGUGCCGCCGCCUGCAGGCUCAUACGUUACCUGCAGCACCUGUGCCCCGGAGUGCAGGUCUACGUCCUGCUCUCCAUCUCUGUGGACCGCUUCUACACGAUUGUUUACCCCCUCAGCUUCAAAGUGUCUCGGGAGAAAGCCAAGAAGAUGAUCUUGGCCUCAUGGCUGUUCGAAGCAGCCUUCGUCUCGCCCUGCCUCUUCUUCUAUGGAUCCUCGUCCAUACACAGCAGUCAUUGUGACUUCUUUCUUCCAGACAGCUGGGGCAGCAUAGCCUACGCCACCAUUCACCUCCUGUUUGGGUUUUUGCUCCCUGUGGCGCUGAUUGUGUCGUUCUACCAGCGGGUGAUCCGCUACAUCUGGAGGAUCAGUGCUGAUGGCCACACGGUUCGCCGGACAAUGAACAUCGUCCCACGGACUAAAGUGAAGACCAUCAAGAUGUUCCUCAUGCUCAAUUCCGUUUUCUUCCUCACCUGGACGCCUUUCUACAUCGCCCAGCUGUGGCAUCCAAGCGAGUCGGACGGACCCAGCAGACAGGGGCUGCUCUUCUUCACAGCUAUCGCGUGGAUCUCCUUCAGCUCCACGGCGUCCAAACCGACCCUGUACUCUGUCUACAAUGCGAACUUUAGGAGAGGCAUGAGGGAGACCUUUUGCAUGUCAUCCAUGAAAUGUUACCGCAGUAACGCGUACACCAUCACGGCAAGCUCUCGGAUGGCUAAAAAGAACUACGUGGGUGUGGUGGAAAUCCCAGUCCAAGCCAAGACACUUCCCAAAGACUCAGUGUAUGAAACGUUUGAUCGAGACGCGAAGGAGAAGAAGCUAGCCUGGCCCACAAACGCCAACCCGCCCAACACCUUUGUGUAAAUGACAGAUGCUGUGAGGUAGCUGAGGGCUAGCGGCUAGCUCUGAACCCUACACAAACAAACCACAGAAGUAGAAUGUGUUCACUUUGUGCAAAGGGCUUUUUUCUGAACACAAAACCACACGUUUGUAACAGCCGACCUUUUCUACCUUAGAGCCGAACCAUGAAUUAUUCUGUGCUGUGUUUUGCCACUGAUGUAUCAGAUUUAAUGUGUUUUGAUGUCAGCUUGUUAGCUAGCUCACUGUAGUCUGUGGCCAUCUCUCAGUGAACUGUUGUAGUUCAUUCUUACCUGUAGACGCUGACGGUUGAGGCCAUGUGUUCACACCAACACAAUCUGCUCUGCUGCAUUAACUGUGAGUGUGAGUUGACGAGCCAACGAAGCUGUAGAGCCCCAGGACCUUUACGGGAACUCACCUCCAAGUAGCAGCACAGUGAAGGUGAAAAGGUCAACCGUUACUUCACAGGGCCAAAGGAUGACGAUGAUCAACUACAAAUGAAGCCUGCAAAAGUUUUACGAACCUCCAAAACAUCCACUAUCACAAAAAACGUCAUGGCACAAAGUGACACCAAUGCUUCGAACUCAAAAGGCUCUAGAUCAUUGUGAGAGGAGCCAUCGAAUCUUCACAAAACAAGUUGAAGCACUGAAAUGAGCACUAGGAUCUAAACAGAUUCACUGUUUUAACAUGAAGCCUCCAAAUCUGUCACAAAUGUAGGUGAAUCUGUGCCUCUGUCAGUGUUUCUACUCCAUUCAGCCUCAGCUCUGUGUUGCUGUGUUUCCUGCCUCACUUCCUUCCACAGCCCCGAUGCUACUGCUGUAAUGGGUCGGGCUCUGCUCCUCGGGAGGAGAACAGUGCUGAGCCUCCUCCAUCCAAAAGUCCAACUCUUCAGCUUCUGUAACCGGUUCUGAUACUUUCAGCAGCACUUUGAAUGUUUAUUAAAGCCAUGAAAGACCAUGAA